AAAAUGACGCUUAUGUGUCAAAGAUUUUUACAUAUCUAACUGUCAAAAUUUAUAGUCGAUUAGAAAAUUCGAUGAUCUAAUGUAGACUAAAACCACCCCUCGCAAAAUUCUCGUGUACUUCGUGACGUCAACAUGGGUAUGCUUCUUCCCUGUGUGACAGCGGCCGUACUAAAUGGGUUCGCGCUGCAACUGUUUCGGGAGCCGGCAAAAGUGGGAGACGGACCCCUGAUGGCACUGUACAUCUUCAUAUUCACCGGUUUCAUACUGUUGUGGAGUCUGCGAUUGUAUCCCAGGAACUUUAGAAGACUUGGCAAAUUACAUUUCAUAAUCGAGUUCCUUAUCGCCGAGUUCAUUAUGGAACAGUUGGUUACAGAUUUCUGGUUCCCGUUGGAAAAAUGGGUAUUAGAGUCUCUGCCGGCCUUGGCUAACCACAUUGAAGAAUCGCUUUCAGAGACUGAGUGGUCUGCAGAUGCGAUUCUAGACCUAUUGAAAAGCCACACCUUGGGAUUUUACGUCAGUUAUUUUAUGGCUAUAUUUUUCUUACUAGCGGCCCUGCAUGCCAGUAGAACGGUCGAUCUCCGUACUUUAAAGGAAGAAGGACCGCUAGGAUUUUACAGAGAAAUCGUUCACAAAAUAAAAUUGCAAAAACGUCGCUUUAUAAGAAAAUUGGGCUUUGGAAAGAAGAAAGUUAAAAUCAACGAAUGCCAUAAUAGAUACAGUGACGUUGGGGGAAGAUCUCUCGCCUAUCAAAAUGCACAUAAUAAGUCAAACCCUUUGUUUCCCGAAUUGCCGCAAAAAAUCAAACAUCCCUGUAACAAUUCAGGAAGAAUCAAUAAAUUGUGUCCCCUCCAUAAGCCAGCUGAGCCAAGCCUUGACGAUUAUGAUACAUCAGAUAAUUGUAGCGAUUUCGAAGAUUUGGGCAAAUUUUCUGAUUCGGACUGCCUUUAAAAAUCAAUUUUGCAUCACAUGCAUCCUCAUUAAACAUUUUUAACGUCGAUUUGUAAUAAAAUUAAUUAAAUAA